AUGGCAGACGCUGCUGUUGAAACAGCACCUGGAGAUGAAAAUGAUGAUAGUUGGUUAUAUGGUGAAUCUAAUCCUGAUCAGAUAACAGACAAACCUUCAGAAGAUGCUGAAAAAGAAAAGGAUCAAGCUGAUAUCGCUGACACCGCAAACGAAAAUGAAGAUAAGGAUCAGGAGGAUAAUGAAGCUGCUGAUGAUCAUUUUAACGACGAACAUUUUGCGGAAGUUGCGCGUGAAGGAGAUGAUCGCAAUGGAGACGGAGAUAGCCAGAACAAUGGAGACUCUGACUCCGACGACAGUGAUGACAUAAAAGUUACCAUCGGAGAGAUUAAAUCAGGACCCCAGGCUUAUGCUAGUCUCAAUAUAAAGCGAGGCGUAGGUUUAGUAGCCACUGGUGCUGCGGAGAAACCUCGCACUGGUACCACUACAGGUGGCAAAGUAACUCUAGAUGACUUGGAUGGACCUGGGAGUAUCAAUGGAGUGCCUGCUUUGGAAUUUAACAUUGAUACUAUUGAAGAUAAACCUUGGAACAAGCCUGGAGCUGAUAUUUCUGAUUAUUUCAACUAUGGUUUCAAUGAAGUAACUUGGAGCGCAUACUGUGAGCGACAACGGCGCAUGCGUGUAAAUGAGGCGGGCGUAGGCUUGCAUGUGGGAGCGCCUCCUCGUCCUCCGGCACCUGACCUCAGGAGACCUCCUGGUCCCGGAAGAAAUGAUGAAAUGGCACCACCAUCAAUGGCAAAUAAUUACCAGUCUAGAGAAAAUACUAUACAGGUGAUGACAGCGGAACGUCGCGAGUACGGGCGCAGUGGUCACCAGCGAGAAAUGGGUGCGCCUGAAUAUUUCGGGCCUCCUCCUAACGAUCACUACUUCCAACCACCUCCACAUGCUCCCUACGAGGAACCAUGGGGCCAUCCGGAACAGAGUGGCUGGGCGCCAAGUGAGAUCAAGGAACUGACGCCAGGUCCGAUGGGUCCUCCGGUUGGUCCGCCGAUGAACAUGGGCCAGCCACUAGGUCCGCCGCACAUGUCAGCGCCCCCGCACAUGAUGGCGGCGCCACCGUACGUGUCGCCGUACCGACCGCACCCACCGCCUCACAUGCACGACCGCGACCGCGACCGCGACCGUGAUCGUGAACGGGAUCGUGACAGAGACCGCAUGCGAGAGAGGGACGAUCGUGAUAGGAGAGACCGUGACAGGAGGGAUGAGGAGGACAGGGAGAGGGAUAGAGACAGGGAACGAGAUCGCUCACGUUCCAUCAAACCUGACCGGAUAAGAGAGAAGUCGUACAGGCGGGAACGGUCGCGUUCGAGGUCUCGUCGUCACAAAUCUCGGUCGCGUUCACCGAGACCGCGCGAACGAUCUCGAGAACGAGAUCGUUCUCGUGAACGGGAACGAGAUCGUUCUAGGGACCGCGAAAGGUCACGCGAUCGAGAACGCAGUGUAAAGCCUAAGACCAAGGAUAAGGAAAAAGACGAGGACAAAUAG